AUGAAGGAGUUCACAGCCCUGCAGAGUUGCCACAAGCUGUCUUUAUUGCUGGAGCAGCAGGGGCUCAGGGGCUCUUGGUGGAGCGGGUCCCCUUCCUCUUCCACAUCCCAUCACCGGCUUCUUUUGGCUGAGCAGGACGGCCCUGGCCCUGCGGAUGGUGGUCAUGCUCAGGUCCGGCCCAUACUUGUUAUUGUGGAUCAUGUGGUGGAUGCUGCUGAGUGUGGCUCAGGCAUUCUUGUGAAUGGUGGUCUGCAGAAUAGCAUCUUGUAUGGAAUAGGACUUUAUAUAAAAGAUGUUGAUAGAAAAGAGGAACUUGUCUUAGAGGCCCCUACAUGUCCUGUCUGCCCAGAACACUGGAUUGGAUUUAGAAAUAAGUGCUAUUAUUUUUCCGAGGCUACGAGGAAUUGGACAUCCAGUCAGAUAUUCUGUUCCUCAGUGGAAGCUAGACUUGCUCAAUUUGAAACAGUGGAGGAACUGAAUUUCUUGAAAAGAUACAAAGGUCCUUCUGACCAUUGGAUUGGUCUUAGCAGAGAAUCAUCAUAUGGUAUCUGGAAAUGGACAGAUGGCAAUGAACACAAUAGCUCGUUUACUAUCAGAGGAGGUGGAGAAUGUGCCUACCUGAAUGACAAUGGGAUCAGUAGUGCCAGGAACUACACAGAUAGAAAAUGGAUCUGUAACAAAGUCAUUGUGGUUCACUCAUAG